AUGGCAGAUGUAAAGAAACCCACGCGAGACAAUAUCGAUGUGCCGGAGACUGGUAGAAGCCCACUAUCCACUACCAUUACAGACUCUUCAGGCACGAUUCAAAAGAUCUUGUUCGCCUACCGCGGGGUCACGUUGCUGUCGACAGAGUCAACACAUGUCGGCGCGGCGCAAUACCGGGACGAUGACAACGUCUCCUGGCCACGGUAUUGGCUAGGACGAAGCGACUACCAAACAACCGAACUCCAUGCAGAAGACCUCUAUGUGUACGCUGGCACGAGAUUUGAUUUCGCCUGCAAAGACCUUGUCGUACGCUGUCGGCGGCUGAUCAUCGUCGGUCCAAGCAAGAGUGCAAGCACAACAGAUGUUGUAUUCACCACAUGGCCCGGCGAGCCCCUGACACCUGAAGACCCGACGGACACUGCCGCCAAAGGUGCGAACGCGGUGCAAACGAAAAGUUAUGGAAUGAUUGACCCCAGUGGAUUUCGCCACAUGAUGUAUCACAACCACAUGGCCGAGACAGGUGCAAACGGAGUAACCCCAACCUUCACGGCCGCUCAUGGCAAGAAUGCUGGCUCGAUUGUCUUCUUCGGUGAGAUUGUGAAUCGAACGAGCGAAAAUGUGAAGGUCCUAUUUGAUUCGCAGGGGCAAGAAGGAGGAAAGGGUGCAAAGGGCCAACAAGGUGGCAAGGGAGGUGACGGUAUGACCGAUUCGAAUAAGAGUUUCUUUACGCCGUUCGAAGGAGAUAAUAACAAAAAUGCGGACCUUUGCAAUGCGGGUAAAGGAGGGAACGGCUCGAAUGGCAAGAAUGGAGCUAAUGGGGGUAAUGGAGGAGCCCAAAUAAUCAGAUCCACUCAUGGCGACAGUACGCCGACUGUCAGUGUUGAAGAAAAUGUCAACAAGGGGGAACUAGGCCGCGGAGGAGAUGCAGGUAAAGGAGGAGAGAGCGGGACCGCCGGCUAUUGGAUAGAGACCUUUGCCGCACCCUGGAAAGACGAUAUACAACACGGAGGAUGGCAACAAUCUGGUAGCAGUGGGGAGCCUGGCAAAGAUGGAGAAGCAGGAGAACAAGGUUUCUCGUUGACCACCGAGAACAAGAACUACGAGGGCACUUUCAUCGAUCUCACGCAUCUUCUCAUGGUCCAGCAAAGGCUCAACUUUGAGUGGGAAUGGGCGGUCGGUCUGCAAACUCCGCUGGGUGACUACAACACGUCGGAAGAUGGUGCGGUUGGUGAGCUUUUGAAGCUGCGGUUCCAGAGGUUUGGAGCCAGCUUCCAAUGGGUGAAGUCUACAAUAUCAAAACUCAGUCUCCAGCAGCCUUCUGCUGCAGACAACCACGACCAUGACCAACUUGUGGUAGAUGUUCUAGGGAGCUUCGACAUCUUACCCAAAAGUCAAGACUCGUUCCGCGAUCGCAUGUGUCAACGCACGCUCGCUUGCUGGGGUUCAGAUAUUAAAAUCGACGAGUACUCCAGCCAACAUUACCCCAUAAAAGGGUCAGAGAGCGAAAAGGAAAAGCAAGACAUAAUAGAGAAGAGACAAAAUUCAUCCAAGAGACUCAGGACUGCCGUCAAAAAAUUCGAGAAAAGCUUGAAUCUCUGCCUGGGUAUGGUCAAACAGCUUGAGGACGUGCAAAAGUCUCAAACGUCAACAGCGGGCCGUGGAUUUCUCGACGUCCCUCAAGCUAACAUACGCUUCACUUAUAUUUUGCAAAGUCUGGAAGAGACAAUGAAGCUCAAAGCGGAGAAAGAUCGACUACAAUCUCAGCUGGACCUCGCUGCCCGGAACAGGGAGAAUACAGGAAUCGACAAGCAGAAGUUUGUCAAUUAUAGAACCAACGCUAAAAGUGAUCUGAAAACUGCCCAGGAUGAAAGAGAAAAGCUGCUGGCAGCAUUGCCAGGGCAAGUCUCGGAUGUUGGGAAGGCAAAAACAAUUGCGCAGGCCAAGCUUGAUGGGCUCUACGAAAGUCAUAGGCCCAGCCAACUUGCGAGCUGCUCCUCUCUUAUGAGCGUUCUGAGUGUUGUUGGGAACUGUCUGAUGUUUGCUAAUGCGGAAGUCGGUAUCCCCUUGCUCAUAGGAGCAGCAUUAGAGACAGGUUCGGCCAUUCAUUCCGCCGCUACUACCAGCGUCGAUGUGAAAGAUGAGUCCGGCAAUGUGCUCAUGUCAUCCGAUGAGCUUGACUCCAAGGUUUUGGUAAUCGAUCGUGCACUGGAUCAGAGUGGUCUGCUCCGCAAACUCCAAGGCUCCGACUCAGCGAAUAAUAUAGGCAAAGCCUACGAAAAGAUUGUUGUGGCAAAACAGGAAUUUGAAGCGCUUUGCGAUGAAGUGUUCAACGACCAUAGUCUGGCUGGGCAAGCAGAAGUUGACGUCGCGCGAGCUGCGUUUGAUGAUCUGGUGGCCAAGGCAGAUCUUUUGAAUCGCUCAGUCAUUAAGCUGAAGCAGAACAGCGUGGAGCAGCAACGCAUAUUGUUGCUGGAAAGUGCAGCCGACAGCUACAUUUUGAAUUAUGAUGAGGAGAUCCAAGCAGGUUCGGAUCUUGCGUUCGAACAAGCCUUCGACAUCUGCAGCACUGUUUAUUCUCUGCGAACCAACGAAAUGGCUUCUAACUUGCUGAAUCUUGUGCGCGCCUGGAAUGCAGCGACACUAACGCGAUGCAACAUCUUGGACAACUACAUUGACCUAGGAUCUUUCGACAAUAUAGUGAAUGAUUCUACAUUCCAACUUGAUGCGGAGCAGGCAAUGGCAGAACUCAUCAUUGGCUAUGAAGCCUUGGCGAAUCGUAACCCUGUUCAAACCCAUGAUAUGAGCCCUCCAUUUACCUUCACCGAGGCCAAGGAUGCAGAACGUAUCUCUGAUCUUAAAAAUAACGGAAAAUUCAAUUUCUGUUAUGUUUCCGGUUCAAACAAGCGUUUCAAAGUAGACACAAACUGGUAUGACAUGCGUCUAGAGCAGUGCAGCUUUGAAAUCCCAGGCAUAAAGCUCAGAGACAAGGCUGCUAAAGAGGCAAUAAAAAUAGGCGUCACAUUAGGAGGAUUUUGCUCGGUCUACCAUCUUGACAAGAAAGAGAUCCGUUUCAACAUUGAUGAGACAAACUUCAGUCUAAUAGCUGAUAUUGACGAAGGCGGCAAGACAGACAUACACAUAUUCGACAAUCAAACGGUCUGCCAUAUGGAAUACAAGGACAAAGAAGGUGAUCUACAUACUUUCGAUCGCCAUAUCAGGUCGCCAAUGUCCCAAUGGUUGUUCCAGAUCAGCGACUGGGAGAACAUCAAGCAAACGUACGAUUUUAGUGCUGUCACGGAGAUCAAAUUGCAUAUGAAUGUUUCACAUCGGAGCCGCAAACCGGUAUCCCCUGCGAUGUUGCAUCUUGUUCCUACAACUCUGGAUGCAAAUGCGCCGGAAUUAGCUGACGCGGACUCGGCCAAGGACCCCGAUGUGACCAAAAUCCACUUAUACUCAAUAGUAAUGGAUGAACCACCCCUUGCACGGCCCCUUGGACAUAACGAAGCCCUAAUAUUUCUCCCUGGGGGAAUCUCAGCCAGCACGAUUUUUGAGAAACUCCUUCAGCCUCUUCGAGGUGGCCGGCGACAGGAGAUCCUGAGGCACAAUGACUUCACAAAGUCUCGGCACGGGAAAUGGGCAGGCGAUCCAGAGGUCGGUGCUAAAGAACUCAACGCCAUGAGCAACGAUGAUAUCGUGUCUAGUGCAGGCGAGUGGCAUAGGAAUGCCCGUGUCAAUCUGAAGCGGCUCAACGUUCUCCCAGAUGAUCGCACCAAAGUAAUGUUUCGAGGACCUGACGACAAUUCGACUUAUGGGAAAGGCCACUACACAAGCAUUACUGCUGUGCAUAAGUUUGAAAAUGCGAAAACCUUCAUCGAGAAUGGCCCGGUGGCACUGACUGCAGUCAAAUCCUUGUCUCCGGCAAGUUAUGUGAUCAGCCCAGAACAAGCGAAAGAAUACAAUCGCGAAUAUUCUUACACGGACAAAUGGGAGUGGAUGCUCAAGCACAGUAAAGAAAUCAUGCAAACUGAGCAGGGGUUUACGACUGGUUCCAAGGAUAUAACCGGCUACACCGGCCUUUUAGGUGGCGCUGCUCAGAUCACUCUGAGAGACUGUGGGCCCGCUCGCACAUACCCUGACGGCAGCAUCGUCCGGGUCGUGAUCGCCAAUGUCGAUGAAACAUAUCAUCCGUUUGCGCAGUCGGCUGAAUGGUGCUUCUCUUAUGAUCCACUUUAUCCCGAAGAGAUCAUGGUGAGCCACACGAGCAUCGGUAAGAACGCGUCGUAUUUCAAUGAUUACAUCAACGCCACAAUGGCCCCAUAUGUCUUCCAUACAGCGCAGGAAACAAUGCCAUUUGCGCACAAGGCCAUCGAAACUGGUAAAACUGUGGACCGCGUCAUACUAGAUCAUGUGAUAACGAAUGAUGAUCGCCACGCGGAGAACCUUUCGCUCAUUCGUCGGUUCUUGGCCUCAACAGACAUCGUAACUCCAUUUUUGGUGUUUUUGAGACAGGCAUUUACGAAGUAUGACCCAGAAAUGACUAAGAAGGCAGAGGUGAUCGUUCACAAGGCUACCUUGGAGGAGAUGAUGAGGAUGACGCCGGCUGAACUGGAAACGGGUGUGAAAAGCCCUGUUGUGAAGGAAGCGCCGGGAAUUGCUGGCUACGAAGGCAGCUUCAACUCAGCCUCGGUCAUGAUAGGGCAACCAAUCGAAAGUUUGGGAGAUGUGAGCUCGAAUCCCGCUGGAGAGAAAGUCUGCGAUGCUGUGAAGACAGACCUCGACCAGACAGUAUUCCAGAGCGAAGAUCGCAACCAGAUCGACGCAAUGCGCAAAGCAGUGGAGAAAUUGGUCGAUAAAAAUAGUAAAGGAUGGGACUUGAAGAAAAACACACCUGGCGAGCUGUUCGAGAUCCUCAAAGCUGAGACGAGUCUCACAACGGAUAUACAAGCAUUGUUUAAGAAGACAUUGCUCGGCGGAAGUACCAUUUCGGACGUUAUGAACAAUCUCAAUCCUGGCGACCUUGCCAAGUUCCCAGACGGCUUGCUGGAAAAGGGCAUGUCACGGUAUGUAAGCAGCCUUCUAUUCAAGAGACACGACAUUGUAGAGCUCUGGGUAAAAGGACAUCUUGAAGCCAAAGCAUAUCCGGAACUUUCCAAAGUCAACGAGGCUGCGAAACUGAAGGCUGAAGUAGCCAAAGCCAGAAAUGAUCUUAAUGCGUGCCAAGCCGAGUAUCAAACGAAGUACCAGGAACUCAUUGUCGCUCGGCAGAAAAAUGACAAACUAGAGAUUGAAAAGCGGGUGGAAGAGGUCAUCAAGAAGGAGGCGGAAGUAGAGGAGUACAAACGAAAAAAGGAGAAAGCGGAAGAGAUGCAUAGUAUCGUUGAGGACAGAGACGAACGAAAGAUGAAGCAUGAAAAUGAGGUAAAGGCGAAAGAGAAAGUGCUGUUUCCAAAGACUCGGAACGAAAAGUAG